UCAAAGUCAAACUUUUCUUUGAUUAUAGCAAAUGCUGAACGUAAGAGAGUUGUUAAAUAAUACUUGUUUUACCUAGUUGCUUUUGUUGACUUGUUCUCUUUUUACGCAAGAGAGCGUUCAAUGAUUCAUCAUCACUGACACAUCAGACAUGAUGAACAAAGAAUAAAAGCAGGCGGAUUUAACUACACCUGAUUGCCAUGGAGUUUCUCCCAGUGUUACACCCAUCAGACAAACCUAAAGAAGGAAUUUGGUAUUCUUUAGUACCCAGAGGAAGUACUCCAGGUGUUUGCGUAGGUCAUACCUGCAUGUUUAUUCCCUCUGAAGAUGGAGGAAAAGGAAGAAUCCUGAUUGUUGGGGGAGCCAAUCCCAGUGGCAGUUUCUCAGAUUCCUAUAUUAUCAAUUUAGAUAACCAUGAGUGGGACAUUUCAGAGUGGAAAGGUUUGGAGGCCCGAUACGAACACUGUAGCUUUGUGCCAGAGAGCAGCCCACAGAGCCUUUGGGUGUUUGGUGGAGCACAGAUGACCGGCAAUCGCAACUGUGUCCAGAAAAUAGAGCUUUCUGACAGUGAGCCUUGCUGGAAGAGUGUAAUAACAAAAGGAGAACCCCCAAGCCCUAGGACAUACCAUACCAACUCAGCCUGCAUUGGGGACAAACUGUUUGUCUUUUCUGGUGGAGAAGCGGGUGCUGCUCCUGUCUCAGAUGUCAAACUCCACAUCUUUGACACAGUAUCUUCCACUUGGUCCCAGCCAGAAACUCAAGGCAGGCAGCCACGAGCCAGGCACGGACACGUUAUCGCUGCAGUUGGCUCAAAGAUUUACAUUCAUGGAGGCAUGGCUGGAGAGAAGUUUUACAACAAUUUGUACUCUCUGGACUCAAGAAACAUGACGUGGGAGAAAGUACAGACCAGAGGAGAUGUACCACCAGGAGUAGCAGCCCAUUCAGCUGUGGUGCUGGGCACACAUCUGUACACGUUUGGAGGAAUGACUGCAGAUGGUGCCAUGAACUGCAUGUACAGAUUUAACACUGAGAAAAACAGAUGGACCCUACUAAAAUUUGACGGGGAUAUGCCACCAAACCGUUUGGACCACUCCAUGUGUCUAGUGCCGUGGCAGCUGUGUGAGGGAGUUGGAGAUGAGAAGCAGACGAACAGCUCAACCUCUGUAGAAACCAUGAAUCUGGCUUUUAUAUUUGGAGGAAUGGACACACAGGGUGUCAUCCAUAAUGACUGUGUUGUAACUAUUGUGAAAUGAAUAAAAUGUUUUCUCCAUGAACUGUAAAAAGCUGAAAUAUUUCAUUCGGAGGCAGUGACAAAGUACAUUAAUUUACUAAAUGUGUGAAAAUUAAAAUA